AUGAGUCCUACCAGAAGCUGGCUAUGGAGACCAUGGAGGAGCUGGACUGGUGUCUGGACCAGUUGGAGACCAUCCAGACCUACCGCUCCGUCAGCGACAUGGCCUCCAACAAGUUCAAGAGGAUGCUGAACCGGGAGCUGAGCCACCUGUCUGAGAUGAGUCGCUCAGGCAACCAAGUGUCAGAGUACAUCUCCAACACCUUCCUAGACAAGCAGAAUGAGUUGGAGCUUCCGUGUCCAGUUCCUAAGUCGAGGGAAAGGAAGAGGAGGCAGGGCCAUCAGCAACAGCAGCAGCAGCAGGGUGGGAUGAUGACUCAGAUCAGUGGGGUGAGGAAGGUCAGCCACACGCCCAGCAUUUCUGGAAGCGCCGGAAAUCGUUUUGGGGUCAAGACGGACCAGGAGGAACUGCUGUCGAAGGACCUGGAGGACAUCAACAAAUGGGGCCUGAAUAUCUUCAGAGUGGCCGAGCACUCCCAUGCCCGGCCGCUCACAUGCAUCAUGUACACCAUCUUUCAGGAGCGAGACCUGAUGAGGACGUUCAAGAUUCCAACGGACACCUUUGUGACGUUCAUGCUGACCCUGGAGGGCCACUAUCACUCUGACGUGGCCUACCACAACAGCCUACACGCCGCUGAUGUAGCCCAGUCCACACAUAUCCUCCUGUCCACUCCCGCACUGGAUGCGGUCUUCACAGAUCUGGAGAUCUUGGCGGCCAUUUUCGCUGCAGCCAUUCAUGACGUGGACCACCCAGGCGUGUCCAACCAGUUCCUCAUCAACACCAACUCCGAGCUGGCUCUGAUGUACAACGAUGAGUCAGUGCUGGAGAACCACCACCUGGCUGUGGGCUUCAAGCUGCUGCAGGAAGACAACUGCGACAUCUUCCAAAACCUCAGCAAGAAGCAGAGGCAGACACUCCGGAGGAUGGUCAUUGACAUGGUAUUGGCAACUGACAUGUCUAAACACAUGAGCCUGCUGGCUGAUCUGAAGACGAUGGUAGAAACCAAGAAAGUGACCAGCUCUGGAGUUCUGCUGUUGGACAACUAUACAGACAGAAUGCAGGUUUUGCGCAACAUGGUUCACUGUGCAGACCUGAGCAACCCGACCAAGCCUCUGGAUCUUUACCGACAGUGGACAGACAGGAUCAUGGAUGAGUUCUUCCACCAGGGAGACAGAGAGAGAGAGAGGGGGAUGGAGAUAAGUCCGAUGUGUGACAAACACACAGCUUCAGUGGAGAGAACGCAGGUUGGCUUUAUCGAUUACAUUGUCCACCCUCUGUGGGAGACGUGGGCCGACUUGGUCCACCCCGAUGCCCAGGACAUCCUGGACACGCUGGAGGACAACAGGAACUGGUACCAGAGCAUGAUCCCCCAGAGUCCUUCCCCUCCCUUCUACACCAGCGACAGGGAGGGUGGCCCACAUGGGGAGGUGGAGGGGGGACCUGUGGCGAGUAAAUUUCAGUUUGAACUGACGCUGGAUGACCAGGAUGGAGACAGCCAGAGCGGGAUGAUGGAGACAGCUGACGGCGUGACACUCCAGGACCAUCCCUCUGAUCAGGAUGGCGUACAAAUGGCAACGCGUGACCUCUCCCCAGCGGAAACAUAGCUGAACUGAUGGUGUUCUUAGAAUGCAGCAGGUUCUGCUGUUUUGGCUGAAUUCAUUUAAUUGCAGUGGAGCAAUCCUGCAAUCUGGCUCUUCAGAGCUGCCUGGCAGAGAGGGCCUGACUGAAUGUGGGGCACCCUUGUAAACAAGGCUUGGAAACCCUGCAGCAGUUUGUUUUUGAGCCCCUCUAGAAGGGAGCUGGAGGAGUGUAGCGUCUGUUCUUUAAAGAAGGGACUUCUGUGGAACUGCAGAGGCAGGGCUGAAUCAUGAUUCUCACAAACAAAGAAGGUGAAAUGGACGAUUGUGUAUCCAUAUACUGGGACUCGUAAAAUUCUAAACUUGCACUUCAGGACGUGUGUUUUUUAAUGUUCCUGUGUCAGGAUUGGAUGCCACCUGGUUUUAGUGUCCAACCAAAACGACUGGUCAGCAAGUUAUUUGUAACCAAGUUGUUUUUUUUCUAACACAAAGUUGUGUGCCUUUUUUUAACGGCCGUGUCUUUUUGUAAGUGUUUUUUAUAAUUUAUUGAACACGUUCAUGUAGCUGUAAGAUGUGUCAACGUUUUCUACAAAAUGGACACAUUUGUCUCACACAGUCUUCCUAAUGUUCUGGCAAUAGUAUAAGCUUGUUCUCACAAACCCCAGUGGAUGUAUUUCUAAAAUCAGUUGGCUUCCCAGCACAAUUUGCACUUUGUGGCAUAAGACGAAGAGUGUCAUUAUAAACAUGUAAAACCAAAAUAAUAAUUUUAUCCAACUGUUUUCUUUUCAAUACUUCACUUCAUAAGCAAUUAAACAACUCAUAGAUCAGAUUCCUUGAAAGUGGAAAUACAUUUUUUUUUUUUUUUUUUAGUACAAAACUCUCCAACAAGCCUUGUCAAGAAAGCACUUGACGAUUUCACUGCCACCUUUUGAAAAGUGUGUUCCCAUGCUUGAAGAGUCACUAGGGUAACAAGUCAAACUUCCAACCAGAAGCCAAAUUGAUACCUCACAUCUUCCUGUAGCUGGAUGAAUAGUGCAGGCCAGUGAAAGCCAAUUAUCAAUUAUUCACCAAGAAUAUCUAAGAGAAAAAUCACCUUGUAUUGUGCUGAGCUAUUCCAGUAUGGGACAUCUGUUUCCACUUUGUAAUUCCCCCGUAUACAUACACACACACCACACACACCACACACACCACACACACCACACACCUGUUGUAGUUAACAGCAUUCCAUUCUCGUGAAUACGUGACUUAUUCUGAACCUUGAAUGACUGUGAGACGGUGUGCACAUUUAAAAAGACACCAGUUAGCGAAUUGUAUCUUGUAGUUUUAUUGCAGCACUUUGAAUAUGUCGACAGAUCCGCAGCUGGUUGCUGAUCUGUCCAACACUACCUUAAAGGUACCACGUUGUGAGGUGCAACCUUCAGAAGAGAGGUUGUCAUGUCAUGACAUGAUAUUUCCUGUGCGUGUGUUUGAGAGAGAGAGAGAGAGAGAGAGAGUGUGUGUGUGUGUGUAAGUGGUCACAGAGUUGCACAACCUUGUUGCACCCAGCUGUGUUGUAGUGACCCUCCAGCUGUUUGUAACAGUGUAUUUAUUAUCUUAUUCUUAUAUAUGAUAAUAUUAAUAUUGAUUGUUAAUAUUCCCUGUAUAUUUGUUAUUAUUUAUAUGCACUACCACAUGUCAAAUCAGUUUCACUGAACAUGUCUGGUGGUUCUGAUUUAUAGUGUUUAGCAAGCUGUUUUGGAAUAAGACCAUAACAUGACAAGUUAUGCAGUUAAAUUUUGACAAUUUGUAUAUGUUUGUUGGGUUUGAAAUUCUAGUCAGAAAUGUUUGUACAGCCUGAAGCAACCAACAACACCUCACAUGAGGUGCAGAAGAAGUCUGGAUUUUAUUUUUGUCUUUUGUUCCUGGCGGAUUAUGAAGGCUAGAUAUUUACAGCAGUACAUUGUGUACGGUGACGGGUCAUUGUACAGCUAAAAGAAUAUUUGCUGAAAUAUAUAACAUUGUUUCAAAUAUAUUUUUUCAGUGUUUUCCUCACAAUAUAUGGUAAAAUGGUGUAUGUUGUGCUCAACAAAUGUUUUCUAUCAGAUUAUUAAAAUGGGCAUGU